AUGGUAGACCUUAACAAAGCUGCUGUUCAAGGCAUUUUUAAGGAAAGAGAUCCCACCAUUUUGCUGCCUAAUCACUCUGAUGAUAUCUCUUCUCAUCUAACUUCGGACAUUGGAGAUGGAAGAAAAUUGCAUAGUUCAGAGUUAGGUAAACGCAAAGGAACGAUCAAAACCAUAGAGAGUGAUGAUGGUGAUGUGAUCGAUUGUGUUGAUAUUUACAAGCAACCUGCUUUUGAUCAUCCGCUUCUCAAGAACCAUACCAUAGAGUAUGCCGAAGUAACGAUGUUGGGUGGUCCAUACUUUGGAGCAAAAUCAAAUAUCAACGUAUGGAAUCCAGAUUCACACGGAACAAUGAGUGUUUCUCAAAUAUGGGUUGCGUCAUCAUCCAAUAACUAUGACCAACUUAAUACUAUAGAAGCUGGUUGGAUAGCUGGUAAUGGUGACCCAAGAACACGAUUCUUUAUUUAUUGGACAAGGGAUGGCUAUAAAGACACAGGUUGUUACGAUCUUGAUUGCCCCGGUUUUAUACAAGUAAGCAGGACUGCUGCUAUAGGUAGUAUAUUGGAUCCUAUUUCCAGCUAUAACGGGAAGCAAGCCUUUAUAAAUGUUGACAUAAACCAGGACACAGAGAAUGGAGAAUGGUGGCUGCGAUUUCAAAAUAAGGCAAUAGGUUAUUGGCCCAACACCAUAUUUAAGACAUUGGGGAAUGGUGCAGACCUCCUGAGUUGGGGUGGAGAAAUUGUUAACGAUGGAGCCAAAGGUCACCACUCAGAGACUCAGAUGGGGAGUGGUCAUUUUCCGGAUGAAGGCUACGGUAAAGCAAGCUAUUUUAGUAAUAUAAUGUACAUGGAUGAUUCCAAAUCCUACAAAGAUCCCGAGAAACUCACCGCUUAUGCUACCAAGCCUUCCUGCUAUGAUAUCAAAGUAGCAAUUGACAAGACUACUAACGGAACUCAUUUCUUCUAUGGUGGUCCUGGCUAUUCAGACAAAUGUCCAACUUGA